AAAUAAUAAAAAUAAUUAAACAAUUUAUACUUUCGAAUCGAGUAAGUAAUUUAAAAUACUAUCUUUAACGUGUAAAGUUUGAAAAGUUAGAGAGUUAAACUUUAGUAUGUCGCUUUAUUAUUUUAGUUUAGGAAAUUUGACUUAAAAAUCGUGACUAUAGUUAUGUAAACACAAUAGCAACUUUAUGACCUUUAAAACUGCCGCGUAGUUGACGUUACCGCCUCGUGAUAAAUUUAGCUUCCAUUCCUUGUUAUUUAUAAGUUUUUCUCUUAAUAAAAAUUCAUUAAUGCGGUGGAAACAAGUCGUACUAUUGAUUACUGGAUCAGUGUUUAGCGCAUGCAUUUUAAUGUUUCUGCGGCGUUUGUUGACUUGGAAUACAGAAAAUAAAGUUUUGCCAUUUACAGCUUCGAUGGCAACUGGAAAUGCUGACUGGAAGUCUGCAAAGUCCAUCUAUGACUUUUCAGCUAUAGAUAUUGAUGGGAAUGAAGUGUCUCUAGAGAAAUAUAGAGGUCACGUUGCCCUAAUUGUGAAUGUUGCCUCCAAGUGAGGUUUGACAUCCCAAAAUUACUCACAGCUGCAGGCUCUCUAUGAAAAAUAUGGAGAAUCUAAUGGCUUGAGGAUUUUGGGAUUUCCCUGCAAUCAGUUUGGUGGUCAGGAACCAGGAACUGAGGCAGAUAUUAAAGAAUUUGUUAAAAAGUAUAAUGUUCAGUUUGACAUGUUUAGCAAAAUUGAUGUGAAUGGUAAAAAUACCCACCCACUCUUUUCUUUUUUGAAGAAGAAGCAAGGGGGAACCCUAGGAGACUUCAUUAAAUGGAACUUCUCUAAAUUUUUAAUUGAUAAGAAUGGCCAACCAGUUAAAAGAUAUGCUCCAAAUUUUGAACCAAAUGCUAUUGAACCUGACCUCUUGAAAUACUUUUCUGCCUAAAUUUUCCCAUGUAUUCAUUUCUUCCUUCCUCAAAUGAAUCGUGUCACACCUACCAGCUAGUGAAUGACAGAUGACAACUUUCCUUAAAAUCACUCUGUGGAUAGGUUUAGUUUGAUGGAUUCGUUUACUAGUCGGAUGGGGACAACGGUGUGUUUGAGAGAAUAGUGUGUGAUUUUUUUUUCAAACUUUUGUAAAAUAUAUACCAAUUAAAUGAGAUUAUUUUGUA